AUGAACGACAGAGGUGACAGUGACAAAACCAUGUGGAGUAGACGUGUCUGGGAGUUGAGGGGGCUCAUGGCCACUUUCCACAGUGUCAAGCUGGCCAAGAUUGCAUCCGACACCGCUCAACUCACUGAGUUCCGAAAGCGUGAGCUCAAAGCCAAAUUGCAAGAUCCCACAGUGCGACAGGCUUUGCGGAAGUUCGCGGCGAGGUGGCGAGGUGCAGCUUAUUGCAACCGGUGCAUCUUUGCGGUCCUUGAUCGUUUGAAGUAUUCGAACUUACGGGGCACACUGAUCUAUGUGCAUGGCUCCGGAGGCUGCAGUUGGGACAACUACCGGAUAUGUCGAAUGAUAGCUGGCAUGGGAAUUCUUGUACUCGCUCCGACUGGUUUUGCAUAUCCAAAGAACACUGCUAUGGGUCAGAUGAGGCACAAGGAAGUGGCACCUCUGCAUAAAACCACGGAUGCUGUGGACUACUGGGCAAACGAUCUUGUGUACACUUCUGGUGCGAAUGGGACGUUCAAUUACUCCAGCAAGGCAGCCUCAGCUCCAGAGUUGCAAUUCCUGAGACCUCGUUUGAGGACGUUUCAGCACGUGCACAUGUCAAGCCUGCCAAGGUACUGCAGAAGCGCGACGAGUACAAGGACAUCUAUGACAUCUAUGAAAAGUGCUAUCAACUGCGGUGGUCGGAGCUGCACUUCACGAUCUCCCACCUGGGUUCACUCUCAAGGCUUUGAUUUGGGUGGCACGUCUGAAGGAGCUAUGACAGCUGCAAGGUUCGAUGACCAGAGAUAUGGUGCCAUGCUCAUCCGGCGCUUCAUCAAUUCCUUCAGCAUCGAGUUCUGUUACUGUACGCCGAACCGGAAGCAGGACUGA